CAGCCUCCACCCGAACCUCCACCCCUCUUUAUAAAAGAACUACGGCCCAUAGAGGAGCGUGAGCCAGCCCCAGCAAUCACGGGUUAAGUUCCUCUCCGGCCCCCCAUUCAUAAAAAAGGAUCGCAGCGCAUGCGCACACGGGGGCUCUUGCGCCCACCCAUUCAUAGAAUCGCGAACGAGGCGCGUGCGCACUGGAGCUCCCUGCCCUCCCAUUCAUAAAAAAGCCAUUUUCCCAGGCAGUGGUUGCAACAUCGCCGAGGAGGCAGUGGGCUGAGCUGACAGCGCGGAGCUGGCGCUGCGGGGCGCAGGGAGCCUUGCCGGUUUCUCCGACCGGCGUCUGCGAGUACAGCGGCAGCUGACCCGCUCUGGUUCGGGGAUUUACACAGACGUGGAGCGAUGCUUGUGACUCUGCGGCUCCUCAAAGGCCCCUAGAAGCCUGUUACUUGCUGCAAUCCAGGACCUCCAGCCCCAUGGAGCCCCCAAUCCCACCGAGCGUCCCCUUGACUCCCAGCGCAGUCAUGGUCCAGCCCCUUCUUGACAGCCGGGUGCCCCACAGCCGGCUCCAGCACCCGCUCACCAUCCUGCCCAUCGACCAGAUGAAGACCAGUCAUGUGGAGAACGACUACAUAGACAACCCUGGCCUGGCCCCCCCCACUGGCCCUAAGCGGACCCGGGGUGGGGCCCCAGAGCUGGCCCCGACGCCUGCCCGCUGUGACCAGGAUGUCACCCACCACUGGAUCUCCUUCAGUGGGCGCCCCAGCUCAGUGAGCAGCAGCAGCAGCACAUCCUCUGACCAGCGGCUCUUAGACCACAUGGCACCCCCACCUGUGGCUGACCAGGCCUCGCCAAGGGCUGUGCGCAUCCAGCCCAAGGUUAUCCACUGCAAGCCCCUGGACCUCAAGGGCCCGUCGCUCCCACCAGAGCUGGACAAGCACUUCUUGCUGUGCGAGGCCUGUGGGAAGUGUAAAUGCAAAGAGUGUGCGUCCCCGCGGACGUUGCCCUCCUGCUGGGUCUGCAACCAGGAGUGCCUGUGCUCUGCCCAGACCCUGGUCAACUACGGCACGUGCAUGUGCCUGGUGCAGGGUGUCUUCUACCACUGCACCAACGAGGACGAUGAGGGCUCCUGCGCUGACCACCCCUGCUCCUGCUCCCGCUCAAACUGCUGCGCCCGCUGGUCCUUCAUGGGCGCCCUCUCCCUGGUGCUGCCCUGCCUGCUCUGCUACCUGCCUGCCACCGGCUGCGUGAAGCUGGCCCAGCGUGGCUACGACCGCCUGCGCCGCCCAGGGUGCCGCUGCAAGCACACGAACAGCGUCAUCUGCAAGGCGGCCAGCGGGGAGGCCAAGGCCAGCAGACCCGACAAGCCUUUCUGACACUUUGAGUCGAAGCCCCAGCGCCGUUCCUGGAAACUUGGUUCCCUUCCCACAUCUGAGAUGACCACAGCAAGGCCAGGGGUUUAGCCUCCCGAAGCUGACCUCGCCAGUCUGUCCACUCCCAACCCAGCUUUGGAAGGAAUAGAGACCACCACCGCCCACCCUCUAGUCCCGAAAAGGAUGAAGACGUACUUUGGGGGUUUCUCAUGGUCCUGGAACAUUGUGUCAAACAGACAGCGGCAGGGACAGGGUGUGGUUUUGGUGCGUGUGGGGGGGUUCUUUUUCAGAAGAUGGAAGACAGAUGUGGACACACCAGAAGGCGCAGCUGCCGAUCAGCCUUUCCGGCCUCUCUGCCCCUUUGCCAUUGUCCCCGGCCCUCAGGAGCUGGCUGUCUAGGGGGGAUUGUUCACCGAGUGCCAGGGUACCUGGAAGACGACCUUGGAGUCUUGGCUUCUCUACCUUCUCCUUCCCUCCUCACUCCACCGUAGGUUGCCCCGCCAUCUGGGUAGUCCCUAUUGUAUAUACUUGGGAGCACCCUGAGAACAGAGGACAGCAGGGAGUCCAAGCCUCGUUCCUCCUCCUGCCUCCCUGGAGCCACAGGAUGGAUUUAGGAGCCACUGCACAGUGAAUUUCUCCCUUCCAGCUUCAUCACUAACUCUCAUUUUGGGGGCGUUCCACUCAUCGCACCGUCCUUCGGUUCUUACCAAGCCCAGACUCGCCUGCCCACGUUGUGUCCUGAGUUCUCUCUACUCAGAUCCUUUCCAGAAACUUCAUGGGUAGAGGAGGCCAGGGAGGCACCUGCGAGACCAAAUAUCAUUUUUGCCAAUGAGUCUGAGGCUGUGGUCUCUGGAUCUCAGUCAUUACGUUUUUAUAGAAUAAUUAAACCCGAUACUAAUGGUGUUUAAAAAGAAAUAAUAAUAAAACAACUUGCUUCCUUUAGGGCCAUCCCCAGGAAGGGCUGAUUUCAAAAUCUGGGGGUGAGCAACCUCAAGGAAUACAAUUCCCCUUCCCGACCAAGAAGAGGAUUUUUAACAGCAAAGAAGAGAGGCAGCACCUCCCAUUGGCAGAAUGGCGGUUGAGCCAAGCUGGGUUUGGUUUCUUCUCUUCCGUGCUGCCAUAGCCUUUUGUGUACAGUGCUGUGUCUGUUUCUUUCAUGUAAAUAGAGAUGAUGAAAAGAGUCUAUUUUAGUGUAGGAAGCCCCGGCAGGGGAGUCAGAAGAGCGAGAGAGAGAGAGAGAGAGAGAGAGAGUGGGGGAAACACUUUUCAGGGGCUCCUGGGGUUGAGCCCUGCUUUUGUGCAUAGCCACAUUUCCCCACCCCCACGACCCCCCAAGACAUAGCAACUCUUUCUCUCAAGGUGCUAAAGGACUCAGAAAGUGCAGCACGUCCAGUGGGUAGGUACUUGUUGCAUGCAAAAGCUGUAGUGUGUCUGGUCCUUCUCCCCCCUCUGUCGUGUGGGGUUUUUACUUUGUGGUAUUUUGUUUCCCCCUCUAACAAGAGGAAGUCG